GACUUCUUAUUAAAUUUACUGUUUAAAAGUGUUCAAUUUCGUUUCACUAAUGUAAAAAUUUCACUUUACUGAUGUAAGAGAAAAAAAAAAAUGUAGUUUGCUCGUUUAUAAUCAAUAAAAAUUAUGUACUUAUUUAGCAUUCUGAUUAACACCAUUUUGUGGUUGGAACUUUCAGAUGGCAUGAUCUUUCCACCAAACAAUGCCGCUUAUUCUGUUUCGACAAAUAACUAUACUUCACCAUCGACAACAUAUAAUUUAACAGACAAAUGGCAGUUUUGGUUAAGCAUCGUACUAGUGAUUGUAAUGAUAUUGGCUUGUCUCGGACUGAAGUUUCACCGGUAUUUAAAAAAAAAGAAUAAAAUGCGCCUACGUUUUGAAGCAAAGAAAGACCAGGUUCCAAACUUUGAAAACUUUGAUAACCCUCCUUCAUACAGUCAAAUAUUCCGUCAUGCACCUUCGGAAAUGGAAAACAACUUUUUUGAUUUCCAACUUGAUACUGUAAUUACCCCAAGAAACUACGAUAUGUUUUUUGCUUAUCCGCUAAUUCAACAACAAAGUAAUACAACAACACAAUCAGAAUUAAACGUAAUCAAUCCUGCCUGCACUUCAUACAAAGCUGAAGUUGAAAAAACUAAUCCUGAAAAUACAGAUUCCGUUGUAAAAAUAGCUGAUUCCGAAUCAAUAACUACGGAUUUGGUUUUAAAAUCUAUGGAUUCCGCUCUAAAAAUUGAAAUGGAAAAAAAUAUCAAUAUACAAGAACCAUAAAAAAGUUCAGUUAUUUAAUUUUUAUUUAACUUAUUACUGUAAUUUUUAUUUACGUGACCAACACUAUAUUCGCCCCGGAAUAUGUUUAGAUGCACCCUUCAGGCAAAGACAAAUUCCGAAAAUACUGUGAGAAAUAUUUUAUAUGAGAUUGAAGGUUGGGAAAUAAUGAGACUAACACCCUCAUGGCUUAAAGAAAAGAGUAAAAAUUGUAUACCAUAAUUAUUUGCUAUUGUAUUCUAUUGCUUUGUUUUAUUAUAAGUUUUAUAA